GUUCAAACAUCAGAUCGCCGGCAGGCGUCUCAGCCCGGGCCUGUGCAAGGAGCACGCUGGGAGCGCUUUGGUGUCCCAGCUGAGGGAGAGAUUAGGGAUCAGGAAAGCCACCCGCGUGCGGCAGCCGGUACAAAGCUGGCUGAAAGGCCCUCCCAGCUGCGAUCGCGUGGGACCCCCGUGGUGGGACCUGCGUACUAGGUCCUAGGUACUGGCAGGACACGUGUUCUGGGGGGCCCCCCUGGCAGGUCCUCUCAUGCGCAACCGCAACCUACGGAAUCCUCUCCAUACUUUUGGAGAGACGCUCACGCCGGGAAGGGGCUUUGCUAAUUGCAGGAAGUGAGCACUGGAAAGAAGUGGCAGAGAGAUCAAGAGGAGGAGGGAAAAGAAGAAGGAGGAGCAGCGGGGCAGAGCGCAGAGCCGGAGAGUCGCGCAUUGCCAAGGCAGGAGGUUGGGUCCCCAAGGAUCCUGCUGUUAUCUGGGGUACCAGACGCGGCCCAUCCCUGCUGUCCUCUCGCGGUCUCCUCCUCUCAUGGCGUCUCCGGAUGACCCUCUGCGCUCAGAUCACAUGGCAAAGGAGCCAGUGGAGGACACAGACCCCAGCACUUUAUCCUUUGCCAUGUCAGACAAGUAUCCUAUUCAAGACACCGGCCUCCCUAAAGCCAAGGAGUGUGACGCAGUCACUUCCAACUGUCCGUCAAAUUCCGAUGAUCAGCAUCAGGGAGAAGAAAAUGACUUUCCAGACAGCACUGGAGAUCCCCUUUCAGGUGUCAGCAGAAACCAGCGGUGUAAGGAAGGCUGUUCCUGCUCCUCCUGCUCCCCCAGGGUCCCCACCAUCAGCGACUUGCUCAAUGAUCAGGACUUGCUAGAUGUGAUCAGGAUAAAGCUGGAUCCCUGUCACCCGACCGUGAAGAACUGGAGGAAUUUUGCCAGCAAAUGGGGCAUGCCCUACGAUGAACUGUGCUUCCUGGAACAGAGGCCCCAGAGCCCCACACUGGAGUUCUUAUUCCGGAACAGCCAGAGGACUGUGGGCCAACUGAUGGAGCUCUGCCGGCUUUACCACAGGGCUGACGUGGAGAAGAUCCUGCGCAGGUGGGUGGACGAGGAGUGGCCCCACCGGGGACCCUCGGACAGUUCCAUGCCCUUCUAGCAUCCCCUUCCAUCACGGGCCUUUGGCUUGCUGGACCAGCAUGAGUCACUUGGGAGGAUGUGCCUUUUCAGACGAGGAGGUGGAAUGGGCAGCGGUUGUCCCUGAGGCUGGUGGCUUGUGGAAGGAUGGGUUCUGUUUCGGUGGCAGGUGUUUCCUUUUUUGCACAUCUGUUUUAAUUUAAUAUUUGAACCUGGAGUUGGGGGAGGAUGUUUUGUAGGUCACAUAGGGCCAAAGCCUAUGUUUGGGACCAGAAUCAUGCCAAGGUGGAAAGAAAAUGACCCUCUCCUUAAAUACUGUCAAAGACUGCAGUGGGAUCCCAAACUGUCAAUGGCUCUGGAUAUGGCCACAUUAUACAAUGCAGAACCUCUGCAUUCCCAGCCAAGCGAAAGAUGGCGUGGAGAAGCCGCCCUGGCCUGUGCAUGGUUACUGUUUCUGUUGUAAAAGGCUUAGGAGAUGAAAAAGAUACUGUAUGAGGUGGCCCGGGUUCAAGGGUCAUCCCUUUUAUUCAAACAGUUUUGUCAACUAUGGGCCAUCAUUGGACUUAGUAUUUUUAAAAGAAAUGCAAAGUGUGUGGUUUGUGGGAGAGCAGAGAGGGUUAGUGUCAUGGGAAUGGUAUUGACCAUAGUAUUCAAUAUGCCCUGGGGAGAUGGCUCAGUGGUUAGAGUGCUCACCAUCCAGGCAUGACGGCCACCGAGAUGAGGGGAUGAUGUGGCAGCCGCCUGUAAUGCCAGCAUUCAGAAGCUACACUAGUCACGUGGGUGAGUUUCAGGUUCCCCCCGAGAGACUCUUUUCUCAGUGAACGGCGUGGACAGCCCCUGAGGAAAACUCCCGGCAUCAGCCUUGGGGGUCUGUGUGCGCACAUGCUCAUACACGUGCUCCAACAACAACACGCGCGCACACUGCCUGCUUGUUACCCGUCCUCUCUCUUUGCUAGCCUAGCCUCUGGUGGUGAGCUACAAGCUGGUGAGAGACCCUGUCUCAAAGCAAACAAGCUGGACAGUGUCCUGAGGAGCAGCGUCAGAGGUGGUGCUCUGGCUUCCGCACGCACGAGUGCUCAGAAGAGCACAGACCUAUCUGCAGAUACACUUGUUACAUUAAAAUAAACAGAAAGGGAGAGAUGAACGCAGAAGGUGAUUUUCUAAACCACCUGGUUUUUGUUUUGUUUUGUUUUGUUUUGUUUCCUCAUAACGAUUAGGUUUUCCCCUUAGGUUGUUGGUAAGUAAAACCAGCUUCUCACCCACUGUGAACUCUAAUCAACCAAGUCUACAAUGAUGCUUGUCCAUCACCCCUGGUUCACUUCUAAUCACACCUACUCAGCUUCCCUGCUCAGAUUUAUCACACGUCCACUUUACUUAAAGCCCCAUAUGUUAAAAGUGACAGCUAAUGAUCAAAUGCAGACAUUUAAAUGCUUUUUAAAUUUUGUUUGGAUGUUUUGCCUGAAUGUACAUCUGUGCGCCAUGAACACGCAUGGGGAGGUUAGGAGAGGGUAUCGGACACCCUAGAACUGGAGUCAGAGGCGUUUAUCAGCCUCCGUGCAGGUGCUGGGUACUCAUCUUCUGCAAGAGCAGCCAUUAACUGCAGAGCCGAUCUCCCCAACCCCUAACUGCAGAAGUCAUGUGCAUUGUGGACCUGAUCUAGGCUACCUGCAGAACUUGACAGGGGGAGGGGCCGUCUAACAUUUCACAGAUGUGAUUGGUUGCCUUGCUUUCUCAUUAAGCUGUUCUCACGGGCUCUCCCAGCCCAAGCUGCUCUCACACUCACUGUGUAGCAGAGGAUGACCUUACAUUUCUGGUUGCCUGCCUCUGCCUUCCGAGUGCUGGGGCACCACGUCUGGUUUUGCUCUGGAUCCUUAGAGCAGAAGCAGCUGUAGGGAAAUGAGAGGGCUUUGGAAAUCACUCUGCAGGAAGGAACUCAGAGGUAAGAGGGACAAUGGAGCAUUAGGCUAUGCCAGCCCUAGCAUACCAGUGUAUCUAAUAAUUCCCCAGGGCUGACCUAUGUCUUGUUGACACUGUCUGGUCAGGUGUUUCCAGAAAGCCCCUUCCCUCCCAGCUCCACCCAAGCGGACUUGUCACUUCAUCCCAGUUUGUGACCACCACAGAGGAAAUGGAGCGUGGGGAACCCCCGUUCUGUUCCCUUUCAUCAGCCUCCUCCUACCCCUUCUCUGAGCCUGCCUUUCCCUGACAGAGAGAAAAGAAGGGAGGAGAAGAACUCCAACUCUUUGUGCCUGGUGAGAAGAUAUUAAAAUACCUUUGUUCCUAAACACUCCCUCGCCCAGAUGGGCUGAGGUGCCUCAGAAGGCCAGAAGGCGCAGGGAGGAAGGGUGUGCCUCUCUACCCACGUCCUCAGCUCAGUAGAAGCCCUGCUCCACCUAAAGCCUCAGGCCGGACUCUGGUUUGGAACCCAGCAGCUGAAAUGAUGGCUUCCAACUCUCUUCUGUGGGACAAAACAAAAAACAGAAACAAACAAAAACCAAUUCCUAAUGGUUUUUAAACCAGGAACUAAGAUAAAAAAAAUCUCCCCAUAGAAACCACCACAAUUCAUUCAUGGGGAUUAGGGUAUUACAAUAGGGUUUCAUAUAGCCCAGAUUCUUCUUAAACUUGAUAUAUACCUGAGGCUGGUCUUGAGCUUAGGAUCCUCCUGAAUUCAUCUCCUGAAUGCUGGGGUUGCAGGGAUGUGCUACCAUGCCCACCCAAACUUGAGUCCCAUAUACCACAAUCUUCCAGAAUGAAUAUUUUCCGUACCUGGCCUGGGGCAGCCGAUUCUGAGGAAAAGUUUCCAGCAAUUCAGCCUCCAAGCUGAACCCAUCAUGAUGCAUCUCUAGAACACGGCUCUGGUUGUUAGGCAUCCCCUGAACUUGCCUUUCUAGGCAAGUUCAAAACUAGAUCAAAACUGUCAAGCAGGGCUGGAGAGGUGGCUCAGCAUUUAAGAGCACUUGCUGCUCUUCCAGAGGACUUGGGUUAGGGUCUCAGCUACCCACAUGGAGUGGCUCAGGACUGCCUGUAAUACUAGCUCCCGGGGAUUUGACACCCUCUUCUAGCCUCCCGUGAUACCCACGAACACAUAGAAUACACUCACACAAACACACACAAGCGAACCUCUGAGAGGCAAUCUCAAGUGAGGGCUGAGAAUGUAGCUCUGUUGGUAGAGAGCUUGCCUAGCAUGCCAGAAGCCCUGGGUUUGAUCCCUAACUUGGCACAAACCGUUGUGGCGGAACAUGCCUGCAGUUCCAGCCCCUGGGAGUGAAAGCAGAGGAUCAGAAAGUUCAGAGUCACCCUCAGCUACAAAGUGAGUUGAAGCCAGCCUUCGAUAUAUGAGACCCUGCUUCAGAAACAAAAAUGCCAUGCAAGCCACGUGUGCUGGUGCGUGACCGUCACCCCAGCAUUUUCCUUGCGAGGCUUGUUGGGAGCAUGGCAUCAGCGGAGAGAAAUGUGCUGGGAGGUUUCUUCAAGUUCACUCCGACUCUAAACGUAAAACAACUUUGAUCUGUGUUGCAUAAACAAAGCCAAGGAGGAGUCUUGGCUGCAGUACAAAUCGGCUUGCUGGAAGUUAACUUUAUAACCAGUAAGUUCUACAGAGACAUGCGGACCCUGGCGCUUCACGGGGCAGAGAGCAGUGAGCAAGGAGGUCACCUUGCCACCAGUAUCUGUUUUUAUCAUUUUGAGUUAUGUGUCUGCGUGUGAGUGUGUGCACAUGAGUGUAGGCCUUUGUGGGGACCAGCGGCGUGAGGUCCCCUGGAGCUGUCAUUACAGGUGGUUGUGAGUUGUGGGAGUUGGGAACUGAACUCACAUCCUCUACGAGAAUAGUAUGAGCUCUUAACUGAUGAGCCGUUUCUCCAUCCCAUCAUCAUUGACCCUUGAGGACUUUCCAUUCUUGGGAACCUGUGAGCAUGAUAUAAGCUGCUUGGGAUGAGGUUGCUUUCCAAUUCCAAUGUCGAAAUCUCCCCAGCCAUGUUUCCCAAAAUAUUUUUCUUUAAGCAAAAUUUCCAUCUGUAAUGUUCUGGUGCUGAGGCCGUAUAGCAUAUACUUUAUUUGGUUGCACUCGUGAAUAGUCAGAUGAAAGGGGAGGACUCAAAGCCACACUGGACAGCUGUAUGCAGAGGGACAGACACACACUCUUGGGGACCCACACCAGAGGAGCAGACAAAAACGUGGGAUACAAUGUUAGCGCGGCAAUGUUUUAAGCUGUACUAGGAUGUCCGGCCCGUGCCUCUAAAAGACCGUACAAAGCAGCCACUUAAUUCUGUAGCCGUGAAUAUUAAUUCUUCAGUAACACAGGAACUCCAGCCCUAGACGUAAAACAGUGUGGUUCAUCCUGUGCAAUAAUUUUUAUGCAGUGCUGCCCCCUGCUGGAAGAUACACUCUAAAUCAGUUUCCUUUCAGAGUCUGGCUCCGGUAGGUGCCUUCCAGGCUGCGCCACCAAGGCGAAGACAAAAAGGGUAUGACUGCUCUGUCCACAGACACUAUAAGGGGGGCCUGGCCGAGAUGGAGCUUCUUUGUCUCCAGGAUGUGCCCCGCGCAGUGGCUGCAGGGGGUCUCAUGGUCUGGUACUCAUCCGUUAGCACGAAUGGGCUUUUCUCCUCAGGGACCGAGGGUACUGCUGUCUGUUUGUGUCUCUCCCUCUCCCAGUUUAACACCCAAGGAUGCCAGGAUGCAGUGGUCUUGCCCUCCCCUGUCUCCAACCAUCUACUUUACAAAGAGAUGUACUUUUAAAGACAAGAUUAAUAACAGAGACCGAACAGAUUUUUCUCUUCCAUUUUCCUCCUUUUUAGGCAGUUAAACAGAUCUCCUUGGGUUUUGAGUGGAGACUUCCCUCCAUGUCUUUUUAAGUUUUAACCACUCCUGCUACCCCUGAUUUAUAGUUUUUCUCCCACUUGAAGCCAUGAUGUUUCUGUCUAUGCCACUUGUUCAGAGCCAGUCAUACGAGUAUGCAUGUCUCAAAUCACUCCUUUUCCACUGGCCAACAAUAUCCCCCCACCUCUGAGCUGGCAGCAAACAUCUGCUUCACAUUCUCACGUAUACAUACAGAAACAACAAUGCCAUAGGCCUAGCAAUGCCAAACCACUCUCUACUCUGGGUGCUCUAAAACCAAAGACCAAUAAUAUCAACCCUAGUAACUGAAAGGCACACACCUAGUUCUGCCCAGGCAGCGACUGAGAAAGUUUUGUUGUCUCAUUGCCUGCCUGGGACACGGAUCCCACCCCUGAGUCUUGGGUACUUGGUUAUAAGUGCACAAGGAAGGAUGAGUCUUGCUUCUGUUGUCUUUAGAGAGAAUAAAAGCCAAGAUGCUGGGCCAAGUGCUGGGGCUACUGGAGUCUCAGCACUGGCGGAUGGAACGCCUGUGGGUACGCCAGACCCAGACUUGGUGGGUCAGGUCUUGAGGCUGCCGAGGAGUAUGGCUCUGGGAGUUACGUCUGGCAGGGGAUUCCCGGAUGAUCAGGUGUACUAAAGGGACUGAAGUGGUCAGCGAUGUGACUGGAAAUGCAAUGAGGAAGUCGCCCUGCUCUCUUGAAGCCCCUCAAUACUUCCUGGGUGCUCUGUGCUUUUCCAUUUUGUGUGAGAGUCCAGGGACCGCUGUCCUCUGCAGCACCCCCUUGGGAACACAUGCAAGCCAUUCCAACCUGAAAAGGCAAAGCUUCUGAAAUCCCUGCAUCUCCGGGAUGCUGUCCACAUACCUUGGUGCUGUUCUUUGGCUCUGUCUACAUUCUCAUCUUCUGUAUGAUUCUGUUUUUCUUAAGAACAAGGAAAUGUUUUUAUAACUGUAAUAAUGGGUGCUACAAAAUUAAAGAUUGAUGUCAACUACUA